AGGAUGAUAUUAAAAAAUUUUUACAUUUCAUACUUAAAUUGUAAAAAUUUAAUUAGAAUUAAAAAAAUUAAUUUUAAUUUAUGAAAUUUUACAUUUAUAUUUUUUUUUCUUUGUUUUUAUUCUAUUUAGAAAUAAUUAUAAAAGAAAUACGUAUAAAAUUUCUAAAAAGUAAAAAAAUUAAUAAACAAAAUACGAAAUAUAAAAUUAUAAUUUUAGUGUAUGCGUGCGCGGAUGUGUUUCUUGGAUAUAAAGUUUAAUCACAGUACAAAAACAAAACAAAAAAUAUAUAGGUUAAUAGUCUGUAAAAGAAAUAAUUAAAUAGAAAUAAGAAAUUAAAGUUCACAAUAAUUUUUAACAAUAAAUUAGAAUAAUAUGGAAGCUGUUACUGUUGCUGUUAAAGUAAAGGAUACCGGGCCAGUAAUUGGUGCGCCAAGACGACGAAUACGUCCACAAAUAAUUAAAAAGCAUAUUCAACAAAAGUACCUGUUAUGUGGGUUUGCAAUACACGCAUUUAUCGCAACUCCAGCCUAUCUUUAUGGUAUUAUUGUUGAUAGUAAUUAUGAAUUUGUAAUGAGAAUAUGGCCGCCAAUUAUUUAUCAAGCAAUUGGUCAAAUUUGUCAAUCAAUUUUAAUGAGUCCAGUUGAAAAUUGUAAUGGUAUUAUACAACCGGAGAAUGAACAUCGUAAAGUUAUUAUAUGUGCUACUGUUAUUGUUUUUAUAGCAUUAACUAUAUGUGGUUGUUUAUAUUCAUCAGCUUGGUUAACAAUAACAACAACAACACAAGUAAUUGCUGUCAUUGUCUACGGUUUAUUUGGAGGAAUUGGUUCUAGCUUAGUGAUGGCCAGAACGCAUCGAGUUCUUGAAGCGGUACGACCACGUGACGAUAAAUAUGUACGAAAAACAAUACAUGUAUGCGGAGAAGCAUUUUGUCAAUUAUUUUUGUCGUUUGUUUUUUGUAGUGUACGAACUUUAUAUGGGAUUGCUCAAGCUAUAUUUUUAAUGGCUUCAUUAUUAAUAAAUAUGAUACCAUUAGCGUUAUUAGUAACAAGAACUACUGAAGAUAUUUUAAAACAACAAAGAGAAGAUAUUUUAGCAAGAAAAAUUGCACCAGUAGCACCAAUAGCUCAAUCAUUAAUUCCAACACCAUUAUCAGAACCUAGAUUUGAUACUUUACAACCAUUUACACAACAUAUUAGUAAAUCAAACCCCAAUAUUUUAGAUAAUUUAGAUAAUAUUGAAUUACAACAUUUUUGGAGAAGUCCAAUGGCACGAACUAUGUCAAAUUUACAAGAGCUUCAUUAUAAUUUUAUGAAUUUAGAUCAGGAAGAUAAUUUUAUGGGUUAUAUUAAUCCAAAUGGAGUUGAAAUAAUGGAAAUUAUACCGGAAGAAGAUGAAAAUGUUUCAUCAACAGUUCGUUCUAGUACAGUUACUAUUGAUCGUCGAAUUAGUUUUGAAGUUUUGCAUUCAUCAAAAUCUUUAAAUGGCAUUACAAUAAACGAAAGUAAUCAAAUUGAAGAUAUAAAAGUUGAUAAUUUACAACAAGAAAGAAUUUCACGCUUUCAACGUUUUCUUGGUGUAAUGAAAGCAGUAAAACAAUCAUUUUGUGGAAAAAUUCUUGAUUACUGUUUAAAACCCAUGCACAGAGCUCUAGGUGUAUCAAAGCUUUAUCCUACAACAUUUUUGAAUUCAACAGAUAUAUUUUCUUACGUUAUGUGUUUAACUGUAUUACCAGGAAUUGCAAUUCGUUUGCACAAUUUGAAAUUUGCUGAAAUUCCAUUUUUAUAUUCUUUAAUAGCAUUUCCGUGGAUGUGUUUUUCAUUAAUGACUCCAAGAUUUGGUCAUUCAUUGGUAAAAAAGAAAAUUGAAUGGCAUGUUUUAGGAUGUAUUGCUAAAUCUUUAGCUUUGAUUUCUAUUAGCUUUUCACAAUCGAAACUAUUAUUGAGCGUUUCAUCCGUUUUUCUUGGAUUUGGACAAGCCAUAUCAUUGUUUUUGCAGGAUUUCGUAUUCAAAGCCAGUAUGAGACACUCAGAAUGGUUGGACGUCAAAUAUCCAAUGUGUAUAACGAAUGGUAUUUUAAUAUUAAUUUAUGGUGGAUUAGCACAUCUUAUUGUUGCGAAUUUUGGUUUUCAAGCAAGCGUUGGCUUAGCGGCCGGAUUAUAUACAACUAGUGUACUUUUAUGGUUUUUGAUUUUACUUUUUGAUAAAAGUUCUUAUUGAUGUUAAAGUACUUAGCUGUAUAAAUACUUAUCCAAAAGUUUUGCGUUCAGCAUAGCCGCUGCACAAGUUUAGAGUUGUAAUGUUUAAAAUCUAAUUUCUGAAUAAGUUAUUUCUGUUUUUUUUUUAUUAUUUGUCUUUUGAUUUUUAUUUAUAAAUGCAUCUCAUUCAAUUAAUUACUUUUUUCUUUUUUUAUAAUUU